GGCACGUCCGUGGGCCAUGCGCACACACUUGGACAAACGGAGCUCUCUGAUUGGCCCAUUGUCCAAACGCAGCCCUGUGAUUGGUCCGUUCAAACGCAGCAGCUCUCUGAUUGGCUCACAGGCAGAGCACUCGGGGAUGAGGACGUACUACUUCAGCGCAGAGACCCAGGAGGACAUGAAUGCUUGGCUCAGGGCCAUGAACCGGGCCACACGAGUCCAGACUAAGACCAAGACCCAGGACCGAGACCAGAACCGAGACCAAACCCAAGUCCAGACCGGAGACCAGACCCAGAUCCAGACAGGAGACCAGACUGGAAUCCAGACCGGAGAACUAACCAAGGUCCGAAAUGGGGUCCGAAAAGCCCAGAAUGGGGUCCACUGUGGCACCAACACCUCAACGGACAAAUCCUUAGACCUUUUGGACUCGACUCAGUCCUCAGAAAAGACCCUGGUCCAUGAAGUCCAAAGUCCAGAUCAGGAUCCCAACCAGGACUCUCCUCUGAAGACUGGACCUAUCUCCAAGGCAGCCACACGACUAACCACGCCCCCUGAAGAGUCAGCUCCUGCUCCCUCUCAGAACAGGUUCCCCGUUUCAACCCCAAGUCCGAUCCUGGAGCCAAAUGGGAUUGCGGCUGGAACAUACCAGACGACUCCACCCCCAGACACGCCUCCAGGAAGUGUUUACAGACAGGCCACGCCCACAGGAAGUGCACAGAGACAGGCCACACCCACAGGAAAUAUACAGAGACAGACCACGCCCCCAGGAAGCAUUUUCAGACAGGCCACACCCCCAAACAGCACCCUGACCCGAAACAGCGUUCGAGAACAAGUCCAGAACUGGGUCAAAAUCCAGAGAGAUGACCGUCGAGACAGUCUCAGACGGACUCCUCCAUCUCAGUUCAGCCCCAUUGAGCCCCCCCUCCAGUACAACGCCCCUGGUGGUCGUGUGGGGGAGUACCGUUAUGCUCAGGACCGCCUCUCUCACUUUGGUCUGUGCGACUCUGCUGCUCCGCCUUCAUUUUGGCGUCUUUACGAGUGGCAGCAACGGCAUCAGUAUCGCCAUGGCAACCCCACAGCACCACUCUACAGCCCCGCCCCCCUACACCCCUAUGGACCACGCCCCCUGGCCUCAGCUGCAUCGAUGUCCCGCCGUCCGCCACUGAUGUCCCGCCCCCUCUGAC